CUGGAAAGCGCCUUGAACGAAGCCAAGAAGCAGCUGCAGGAUGAGAUGCUGCGGCGCGUGGACGCCGAGAACCGGCUGCAGACGCUGAAGGAAGAGCUCGAAUUCCAGAAAAACAUUUACAGCGAGCGCCGCCACGAGACCCGGCUGGUGGAGAUCGACAACGGGCGGCAGCGGGAGUUUGAGAGCAAACUCUCGGAAGCUUUGCAGGAGCUGCGGAGCCAACACGAAGCCCAGAUCAGGCUCUACAAGGAGGAACUGGAGAAGACCUACGGGGCGAAGCUGGAGAACGCCAAGCAGUCGGCUGAGAGGAACAGCAACAUGGUGGGUGCUGCCCACGAGGAGCUGCAGCAAACCCGCAUCCGCAUCGACAACCUCUCCUCCGAAGUCAGCCAGCUGCAGAAGCAGUUGGCCGCCAAGGAGGCAAAGCUGCACGAUUUGGAGGAUAUCCUGGCCAGGGAACGCGAGACCAACCGGCGCCUGCUCUCCGACAAGGAGCGUGAGAUGGCCGAGAUGCGGGCACGCAUGCAGCAGCAGCUGGAUGAGUACCAGGAGCUGCUGGACAUCAAGCUGGCUCUGGACAUGGAGAUCAACGCCUACCGCAAGCUGCUGGAGGGCGAGGAGGAGCGGCUGAGGCUGUCCCCCAGCCCUUCCUCCCACAAAGGUGCAUCCCGUAGCCACUUGUCCACCCCGGGUUCCUCCAAGAAGAGGAAGCUGGAGGACAGCGAGAGUCGGACCAGCUUCUCCCACCACGCCCGGACAAGCGGCCGCGUCGGCGUGGAGGAGGUGGACUUGGAGGGCAGAUUCGUCCGUCUCAGGAACAAGUCCAACGAGGACCAGGCGAUGGGGAACUGGCAGAUCAAGCGGCAGAAUGGAGACGAUCCCCCCAUCACCUACCGCUUCCCCCCAAAGUUCACCCUGAAGGCUGGCCAGGUGGUCACGAUUUGGGCCUCGGGGGCUGGGGCGACCCAUAGCCCCCCCAGCAACGUGGUGUGGAAAGCCCAGAGCAGCUGGGGCUCCGGGGACAGCCUGCGCACCGCCCUGAUCAACUCCAACGGGGAGGAGGUGGCCAUGCGGAAACUGGUCCGUACCGUGAUCAUCAACGACGACGAUGAGGAUGAGGACGACGAUGAACUUAACAUCCACCACCGCCAUCACCAC